AUGAUGCCGCAAUCGCCUAGGGGAAGUGGGCCUCCCCAUCUCCGCCUCAACUCGGGCUCUCACGAGCCUACCACCGACGAUAACUCGCCGCCGCCUGCCGUGCGACCGAGCACCGCACGAACAAAUUCAGCCCGCUCCUUGACCCAACCAACUCGUCCCGGUACUGCACCAAGCCAAAGUCCUGGCAUCCGAUCGCCCCAUGUAUACAGCGAUGCAGCCAUUGCAGAGUCGGCCGAGAUGCUGCUGCCGCCUCAGAAGAUGCGCACGCGCUCCUACCGCGACGAAUCGCCCAUGCAGUCGCCCUCUGGCUACUCUUCGCGGCGGACAAGUUGGAGUUCAGACAUGACAGGAGGACCAUUUGCUUCACCUUUUGACGACUCCCGAGCCCCGUCGCGCGCCGGCAGUGAAGAAGACUUGAACACCCAGACCGUGUCUGAGAAGUUCAACAUUCACCCGUCCGCCGGUCUGUUGCUAUUCCCAGAAGAUGUGGAGAAGGACGACUACCUGCAUAAUCCCGACCCCAACGAGAAGGACAAGAGAGACUGCGACAUCUUUACGAGGAGAGGUAUAGUCAAUCUUGGUGGCUUGGCCAUCCUCGCGCUGGGUCUGCUCAUGCUGUUCAUCGGUUAUCCAAUUCUCACCUUCGUCGAGGACAUCACGAAGCCCGAGAGAGGCCCUUGCACUGAUAACCCUCUUUGUAUAGAAGGCAAGCAAACCGAGCCGCUACUGACCAACAUCCGGAGAGGUCUCAUCGAUCCGGACACCCCCGACGAGGUCAAGACGCGAACAUCUUACAAUGGCGAGAAGCAAGUUCUCGUCUUCUCAGACGAAUUCAACACCCCCGGUCGCACCUUUUAUGAUGGUGACGACCCAUUUUUCCAGGCUGUUGACAUCUGGUACGGUGCUACUAUGGAUUUGGAGUGGUACGAUCCCGACCAAGCCUUCACUCAAGAUGGUUAUCUCGCCUUGAAGUUUACCAAGGAACCUAGCCACGGCCUCGAUUACCGUUCCGGUAUGAUCCAGUCGUGGAACAAGCUCUGUUACAAGGGUGGUCAUCUGGAGGCUUCCAUCUCACUACCCGGUCGUGGUAAUGUUUCUGGUUUCUGGCCUGGUUUCUGGACGAUGGGCAACCUGGCUCGUCCCGGUUACUUGGCCUCUACCGAAGGCCUCUGGCCAUACAGCUACCACGAUGAUUGUGAUGUUGGUAUUACACCUAACCAGAGUUCUUACGACGGUCUCAGCUACUUGCCUGGUAUGAAGUUGCCCGCUUGCACCUGCAAGGGCGAAGAUCAUCCCAGUCCUGGAAAAUCACGAAGCGCUCCUGAAAUUGAUGCCCUUGAAGGUUCAGUCCAUUUCCUCGGUCCUGGAGAGAGCAACGCUAUUGGUGUCGUAUCCCAGUCUUUCCAAGCCGCUCCAUUCGACACCUGGUACAUGCCUGAUUAUGAACAAAUGGAGCUCUACGAUACCUCCAUCACCACAAUGAACGCUUACAAGGGUGGACCUUUCCAACAGGCUAUUUCUGGCUUGACCAACCUGAACAAUGAUUGGUACAACGGCAAGCAGUACCAGACUUAUUCGUUCGAAUACAAGACUGGUGACGAGGGUUUCAUUACGUGGUAUGUUGGAGAGGACAAGACCUGGACCAUGAACGCAUUAGCGACACGUGCCAACGGCAACAUCGGUACUCGAAUCAUUCCUGAAGAGCCCAUGUCCGUCAUUGCCAACUUCGGAAUGUCAAACAGUUUCGCCGCCAUCAACAUCGAGGAUAUUGAAGCCAAUGACCUUCCCGCUAUCAUGCGGAUAGACUACAUCCGCAUCUACCAACCCGAGGACGCUCAAAUCAUGACUUGCGACCCUGAGGGUUACGAGACCACAGAGUACAUCAGGAACCACCCUGAGCCUUAUGCGAACCCCAACCUCACUGACUGGAAAUCUACCAAGUACGACUGGCCAAAGAACUCCUUCAUGGACGGAUGCAAGGAGUGA